AUGUCUACACUCCUUUGUGUUUGUCUUAUUUCGUUAUUCUUCUCCCAAGUUCAAACGAAUAACCAACUUGUCAGUAAAAGUACUGAAGUCAAAGGUAGCUCAAAUUUCCAAAUCGGACGGUUCUUAGCAUCGUUCGCUGUGGACGGCAAUUUCAAUCAGGGGAUGGACUACUGCUUUCAUAGUGAUGUGAGAAACAACAUAACAGUGGCGUGGCUUCGAAUAGACCUAGGAAGAGUGUUUAGUGUCAACUCAGUCAAGUUCUGGUACAGAAGUGAUGAAAUAUAUGGAUCAACUGAAAACAAGAAAUCACGACUCCCGGGGUUUUCGAUCCGUGUGUCGAACGAUACUACCGUACCAACAUCAAGUUCGUCAUGUUACACGUCUUUACAAUCCGACGACAUACCGACCGUUAUAGAGAAAGCCUGUGAGAGAACAACCAGAUACGUCUGGAUUUAUCAGAAUCAUACCGCGGCAGGAGACGUAUGCCCGAUCCUAGAAAUCUGCGAAGUUCAAGUUUUUGGAGAUCCAAUCGAAGUAACAGAUUCACGUAUGGCUAUACAAUCAACAACUGAACGCUUGAUGAAUGCUUCACAGCUGUUGAAAAGCAUUAUAAUAGAAGAUGGAAAAAAAGAUGCGAAGUUCAUCCAGGAAACAGUAAGUGGGAUUCUUCACAUGAUGAAAAACACAACAUUACCAAACAAGGAAAUGAGUGCUGGGGACCUUAACGCAACAUUAGAUAUUUUAGACAUGAUUAUUAACAUCACAGGACCAGCUAUAGAGAAUGAGGUUUUCUAUAAUGUGACCGACAGCAUAGUAUCAACGAACAACUCGAAAUCUUGGACUACUCUCAUUGAAAAGGAAGGGAAACAUGCUAGCAUUAUAUUAAAGAAUAUGGAUCAUGUCAACGAGAUUUUGAUUCAAAAAGCCAAUGUUACAACGACAAGGUUUUGUGGCACCAAUAUUGAACUGACGAUUAAUCAGACAAAACUAGAUGAAAACGAUAUACGUUUUCCGGAAGUGUCGUCCAGCAAUACUUCAGAUAACUCCAACGAAAUGUCGACUUUCCUAGAAUUACCAAAGCAAAAUAUAAACGCUUCAAAAGACAUGCAAUAUGUGGCUAUAAUAUACAAGACUUUACCAGAGUUGCUGUCAUUGGACCAUCACAGGAAUGAAAAGAAGAAGAACCAGACUGGGAAAUCCAAAACAAAAACAUUUGUCAAUUCUGCCAUUCUCUCCCUUACCACACAGAAUGAUAUCGGAAUAUUGGAUCCACCCCUUGCAUUAACGUUUAGGCAUAUCGUUAAUAAUGAAUCUAAUGAAUUGCAUCCAGUUUGCGUUUCCUGGGAGUUUAAAACAAGGAAAUGGACAGAGAGAGGGUGCAAAGUGAAACAGAGUGAUUACCAAAAAACAGUGUGCCUGUGCAAUCAUCUCACAAACUUUGCGAUUUUAAUGAGACCUUAUUCUCCGGUAAAAGAAGAAACCCAUAUCUUGGAUAUGAUGUCCCUUGUUGGUGUAACUCUCUCAGUUGCGUUUGUUUUCAUUACGUGUUUAACCUACAUCAUGACUUGGAGAUAUAUCAAAAGUGAACAAAAUAUCAUGAUGCUGAAUAUGUGUGGAGCCUUGACUAUAUCCCUUGUUAUGUUCAUUACAACUGUGGAGAACACACAUGACGGGAACUUAUGUGUCGCGAUAACGGCCAUAAUCCAUUACCUCCUUCUAGUGACCUUCUUUAGUAUGCUUGGAAUUGGUGUCUAUUACUUUAUGAGUAUAACAGUUACAUACUACGCAAUGUAUAUGGCGAAAAACUUCAAGUCAAAGCCUAGAAUUCAUUGGUUUUUGAUUGGAGCAUGGGGAUUGCCCAUCAUCAUUACAGGAACAAACCUUAGAGUAUUCUGGGAAAACGGAUAUCACCUGAAAAACUAUUGUUGGUUAUCUAUGAAAAGUGGAUCUCUAUACCUGUUCAUCAUCCCAGUAUGUUUGAUAAAUAUGCUUAACAUCCUAAUAAUUGUUUCGUUGCUGCGAGUGGUAUAUGCUUCAAACAGAAUGUCAAAUUCUUCACUUUGGAAAAAAGCUUCAUCUGGUUUGCGAACCCUCGGUACACUCGUGCCAGUGCUUGGUGUGACCUGGAUAUUCGGUAUUUUUGCAAUGGACCAAAGCACGGACAUCUUUCAGUACAUAUUUGUCAUUGCUAAUUCUCUACAGGGGUUUUUCAUUUUUGUUACGCAGGUCUUGCUCAACAAAAAGGUAAGGCAGGGAUUGCGCAACUCGUUUCAAAAACGAAAAACUGUAACAACUUCUACUGGCCGGAACAAUACGAGAACAUCUACUACACGAAGUCUGUUUUUGUCUACAACAAAUGCGUCUAUGUUGAAAAACAAGGAAAGUGCUUUGAGUGAAAAUACGAAAAAAUCGAAUUGGAUGUUGGCUGUAAAAGAAGAGGUCAAGGAAACACCGGACAUUCUACAGGCUACCGAGUGGGGGAAGGAAGCGAUUCGUAACCCUAGUUUUCUAUAUACAUAUGAUUUGUCCCGUGGUUCUAAAUUAAAUUCCUUAUUUGAUCAUCAUUUGUAAAGAGCAAAGAUUUGAGUUUAAUAUCUAAAUGGAAAUCAAUGAUGUCGAAACUCAUUUAUUUGCAGGUAAAUGUAUCAAAAUGAUUUUUCUACAGCAGGGUGCUUGAAUUUAGCUUAAACUCGAUUUUAAUUUGAUGUUCAUUGUUUCGAUUAUGAUAACUUUACGAUUUGAUUGUGCAAUGUGUUGUCAUUUUACUAUUGACUAUUUGAAUUUUUAAUUUGCUCAAAGUUUUAUGAAUGUAAUAAAAAAUCAU